AUGUUUAUAAAUGUGAUUAGAGGAAGUGAAAGUAAAUUCCGACCGUGUACGUUUCACUCGCUUCGCUUCAUCUCUAGCACAAAUGGAUUCGAAAGGCCGACAGGGAGCACGUUACACAGUUUCCGAAAACGAUCGUAUACCGUUGGCAGCAGUCACCGGUACGGUGCGGAAGGAUUUCGUAAUCAACAGCUGAUAGCCGGCAACCUAUGGUUAGGAGCAUCGUCGGGCCACCGCUUUGCUAGCAGCGGUAAAGGGGACGCGAACCAAAAUGGUGCAAUUAGUGGGAGCUCUGAAAGCAAGGAGGAAGAUUCGGUUACGAAACAAUCCAAGCUGAAGCUACGUUCGUCUGAUGUGAAGCGUCUGCUGGAGUUUGCGAAAUCCGAGCAAUGGAACAUAACAGGUGGCAUUGGAUGUUUGAUAAUUUCAUCCGCAAUCACUAUGUCGGUCCCGUUUGGGCUUGGAAAAAUUUUGGACAUCAUCUAUGCUAGCUCGGCUGAGACCGGUAUGGCAAAGGAAAAGUUGGAUCAAUUUUGUCUACUUCUCGGUGGGAUUUUUCUACUCGGUGGACUAGCAAACUUUGGACGCGUUUAUCUAUUCAGCAAUGCUUCACUACGAAUAACGAAAAACAUCCGUGCCAAGGUGUACAGUUCCAUGCUAAAUCAGGAAGCCGGUUGGUUCGAUCGGAAAGGCACGGGCGAGCUGGUAAAUCGACUCUCCUCCGACACGUACCUGGUGGGCAAUUCGCUCAGCAUGAACCUAUCCGAUGGGUUGCGAUCGUCGGCAAUGAUACUGGCCGGUACGGGGAUGAUGAUUUACACCUCGCCCCAUCUGGCACUGGUGGGUAUGUGUAUCGUGCCUUGUGUUGCCGGUGGAGCGGUCGUUUACGGCCGGUAUGUGCGUAACAUUACGCGCGAGCUGAUGGACAAGUAUGCGGAAAUUAUGAAAGUCGGCGAGGAACGGUUGGGCAAUGUAAAGACGGUGAAAGUGUUCUGCAAGGAACGGUUCGAGAAGCAACUGUUUUCGGAACAGCUGCUAGAUGCGCUUAAUAUCGGAUACCGGGAGACGAAGGCUCGUGCCACAUUUUAUGGAAUGACGGGCUUAUCGGGAAAUAUUAUAAUUCUUUCCGUGCUUUACUACGGUGGUACGAUGGUGAAUAAUUCGGAAAUGACGAUAGGAGCGCUAACCUCAUUCAUCCUGUACGCCGGUUACACUGCCAUCUCGAUAGGAGGAUUAAGCAAUUUCUACACGGAACUUAAUAAGGGCGUUGGUUCGGCAAGCAGACUGUGGGAAAUUAUUGACCGGAAGUACACAAUUCCGAUCGAAGGAGGAAUUGAAGUAAUCAAACCACCGGAGGGACAGAUCCAGUUCAGUAAUGUAGUUUUCCACUAUCCAUCCCGCCCGGAUGCACCCAUUCUGGACGGUGUAAACUUGACAAUCGAACCAGGCACUUCGACUGCCGUUGUAGGGCGCAGUGGGUCUGGCAAGUCUACCAUCGCUUCCCUAAUGUUGAGGCUUUACGACCCGCAACAAGGCUCUGUACGGUUGGAUGGAACUGAUCUGCGCGAUCUAAAUCCAUCCUCGUUACGCCGUCACAUCGGCGCAGUGAAUCAAGAACCAGUUCUGUUUAGUGGCAGCAUACGGGAGAACAUUCUGUACGGCUUAAAUAUGGGUGAAAAAAUAUCGGAAAGUAGCUUCCAGCGUGUCGUACGUGAAGCGCACGUGGAUGAAUUCGUACGUAACUUCCCAGACGGUCUUAAUACGCUCGUCGGUCAGCGCGGUGUAAUGCUGAGCGGUGGCCAAAAGCAACGUGUAGCCAUUGCACGUGCAAUUAUUCGGAACCCAAAAAUACUCAUACUCGAUGAGGCAACUAGCGCACUGGACGCAGUAUCGGAAGAACUGAUACAGAACGCACUGGAAAAGUUGACCAAAAAUCGUACCGUGCUAACGAUCGCCCAUCGGCUCAGUACGAUCCGUAAUGCGACCAACAUUGCGGUGCUACAGGAUGGCCAUAUCGUAGAGCAUGGCAAUUACGAGGAACUGAUCGCAACUGAUGGAGGUGUCUUUAGGGAACUGGUGCAGCGACAAACGUUUAGCUCCGCUGCCGUUAGUUAA